UAUAAAAAAAAAGCAUAUGCAACAACCUUUUGAAGAACUUAUAAUUGAACCAAAAAAUAAACCAACCAUCCUUUCUCUUCCAAAAAAUGGAGUUUUUCAACUUAAUUUCCAUUUCCCUUUUUGUAUCUUUCCUCUUUUUAUUAAAGAAAUUGAAGAAUUCCAAUAGCCAAAUCAACAAAAGUUUGCCACCUGGUCCAUGGAAAUUACCAUUUGUUGGAAGUAUGUUCCAUAUGAUAGGUGGACUUCCACAUCGUGUCCUUAGAGAUUUAGCGAAAAAAUAUGGAUCGAUUCUACACCUUCAACUAGGUGAAGUUUCUCUGGUUGUUGUUACUUCUCCUAUCAUGGCCAAACAAGUGUUAAAAACUCAUGACCUCGCUUUUGCAUCUAGGCCAAGGCUUUUAGCCGCCGAAAUCGUCUUGUACAAUUGUACAGACAUUGCAUUUUGUCCAUAUGGUGAUUACUGGAGACAGAUGCGCAAAAUAUGUGUCUUAGAAGUACUUAGCGGAAAAAAUGUCCGGUCAUUCGGUUCGAUUAGACAAGAUGAAACUAUUCGUCUAGUUGAAUUUUUUAGGUCAUCAUCCUCUAGUGAGCCAGUUAAUGUAACAAAAAGGAUUUCAUUGUUCACAAGCUUUAUAAUAUGUAGAUCAGCAUUUGGUACAAUAUUCAAGGAGCAAGAUGAAUUUAUACAAGUGAUGAAAGGUGUCACAUCUUUAUUGGAAGGGUUCAAUGUGGCUGACAUAUUCCCAUCAUUGAAAUUUCUUCAUGUGUUAAGUGGGAUGAAAAGUAAAACCAUGUAUCUCCACCAUAAGGUGGAUACAAUUGUUGAGAAUGUCAUAAAUGAGCACAAGAAAAAUCUUGUAAAUGGCAAGACUAAUGGUGAAUUAGGAGGUGAAGAUUUAAUUGAUGUACUAUUGAGACUUAUGGAAGAUGGAGACCUUCAAUUUCCAAUCACCAAUGACAACAUCAAAGCUAUUGUUUAUGACAUGUUUGCAGCAGGAACAGAAACAACAUCAACCACAAUUGAUUGGGCCAUGGUGGAAAUGAUUAAGAAUUCAAGUAUACUUGUCAAAGCUCAAAAAGAGGUAAGAGAAGUCUUUAGAGGAAAAGAUACUUUUGAUGAAAAUGAUGUUGAAGAAUUGAAAUACCUAAAGCUAGUAGUUAAAGAAACUUUAAGACUCCAUCCUCCACUUCCACUUAUGCUCCCAAGAGAAUGUAGGGAAGAAGUAGAUAUAGAUGGCUAUACUAUUCCUUCCAAAACAAAACUAAUAGUUAAUGUAUGGGCUAUCGGAAGAGAUCCGAAAUAUUGGGACGAUGCAGAAAGCUUUAAACCUGAGAGAUUCGAACAAAGCUCGUUGGAUUUUGUUGGUAAUAAUUUUGAAUUCCUUCCAUUUGGUAGUGGAAGGAGGAUUUGUCCUGGAAUAUCAUUUGGUUUAGCUAAUGUAUAUCUGCCUUUGGCUAACUUAUUGUAUCACUUUGAUUGGAAACUUCCUCCUGGAAUUAAACCAAGUGAUCUCGACAUGACUGAGUCAGACGGAGCAAGUUGUACUAGAAAGAGUAACCUUUAUUUGAUCAUGACGCCCUAUCAACCUUCUCAAGAGUGACUCAAUGGCAUCAUGAAACUAAUGUAGUGAUUGGCCUUACAAAGCUCACUACGUGUAACGUAUUGCUUCUCCCUUCCCCCUCUUGGUUUUAAUUUUUUUUCUUCUUAUUGUAUUGUAUGUUUUUACUAUUUGUAACAUGUAUGUAUAUAUAUAUA